AUGGACGUCCAACCCAACACCGACAACCUCGCCCCUGUCCAUCGCCGCCAGCAAAUCGUCCUCGUUGAUGAGCCCGCCCCUGGCGACAUUCACGAUCCUGAUCUUCCUGUCUUUGAUCAAACUAAGCGCCGCGGCGGAGAUCAGAUGCUUGGUGUCGUCAGUCAGCGGGCACGCCAGGCAGAUGCAGUCCACAACCUCGAGGAGGCUCCGUGCCGCCCCAUAUCCCAUUCAAUAUUCGCGAUCGAGGAGUUGCGGGCGGAGGGAAAGCUCAACAAGGCAGGUGGUGACAUCAGCUUCCUGUUCAUCGUAGGCGAGGAGAAAGGAGGUCCGGGCAUGCUUGCUGCCAACCUCAUGGGCCUGGAGUGGGAAGCUGGCAUCUUUGGCGAGCCGACGGACGGCAAGCUCGCCAAGGGGCACAAGUGGCAUGUCGUUUUCGAAGUUGUUGCCAAAGGCAUAUCCUGUCACUCUGGCUAUCCACAUCUCGGAAAGAAUGCAACAGUGGCGCUACUGCAUAGGGUGGAGAAGGAUACAAUAUUGUGGCGCCAUCUGCAAAAGCGCUUUGUGGCGUAA